AUGGAUUGCUAAAUCAGCAGUAACAUGACAGUGGUGCACUACUAUAUAUAAAGAGUUCAGGUUUCUCUGCCUUGUAUUUGAUGUGCAACUGAAACUGGACCAUGAAGAAUCUUGCAUCAUACAUUUUAGUCCUUCUCUGCUGCGGUCUGGCAUGGUCUCAGCUGAAAACAGCGAGAAGAUGCUUAAGGGAGAAGGUCAUCACUUUCUCAAAGCAAACCACAGAAGGCUAUGUACAGCUCCAUGCAAAUGAAACAAUGGAUUUCUCUAAAAUCACUGUGUGUCUGCGAUUUUACACUGAUGAAAACCUUAAAACCAUUAUUCCAUUUUCUUUGUUCACACCUACCUAUUUGACUGAUUUUACUUUAACAUAUUCACCACUUACUAAACAAUACUACCUGACCGUUCAUAAUGGCAAAGCAGCAUUUAAUGGUCUACCAUUCAAUCUGAACCAAUGGAACUCAGUUUGUGCAACCUGGGAUGCCAGCAGUGGUCUCGCACAGAUGUUUGUCAAUGAAGUACCAAGUGUUAAAAAGGCAAUAGGCCCUAAGGAAGCUUUUAAAGGAGAGCCCAAAAUAAUACUUGGCCAGUAUCAGACCGGACCCUCUGCCUUCAAUCCAGAUUACGUGUUCACAGGUUUUAUAUCAGAUGUGCACGUCUAUAAGGAAGUGUUAACCCCGCUUCUCAUAAAGAACUACAUGGAGGCAAAGAUUAAAUUUAAACUGGGUGAUUAUAUAUCCUGGCGCAAUCUUAAACACACUCUUGCCGGGUCUGUGCAAGUGGAAGAGAGGCAUCACGUAACAUUUUAUACUAAGCAAGAUGUGAAUUAAGGUAACGCUGUAUUGCAUUGUAACAUCAAUGUACAAUUGUGAAUGAACACUCUACUUGUUUUAAUGCUGAUCAAAUAAAUAAAUGACAUUGAACGAUGA